GACCGUGAGGAUGUUCUUCGACGCGAGCCUGCAGGCUGUGCAUGGGUUGACUCGGACCUUGGCGAAGAAGCUGCGGCCGAGGCGGAUGGAGCAGAAGACCACCCUGGCGAGGGGCCUCAGUCCUCAUCUCGACGCCCUGACGUUCGACCUGGACGAGGCCGUGCUGGCCAGGCAUGCGUGGAGAGUGCUAGGCCAUGCGCUACUCCGCUGCGGCGUCGUGCAGAAGCCAGAGGUGCGCCUGGUAUUCUGCCUCAGCUGCGGCGCCGUGCUGACGGGCAAGCGGCUUGGCAAGCUGCUCAGG